AUGUCGGACCUCAUGGUGGGCCUGGUGGUGAUGCCUCCGGCCAUGCUGAAUGAGCUCUACGGCAGGUGGGUCCUGGACGCCGCCUUCUGUUGCAUCUGGUACUCCUUCGAUGUCAUGUGCUGCAGCGCGUCCAUACUCAACCUUUGCGUGAUCAGCCUGGACCGGUACCUGCUCAUCAUCUCGCCGCUCAAGUACAAGCUCCGCAUGACCUCCUGCCGGGCCUUGGGCCUGAUCUUGGCCACCUGGACAUUGGCGGCGCUGGCCUCAUUUCUACCUAUCGAGAUGGGGUGGCAUGAGCAGAACUUGGAGGCCCCGUCCUCAAACUUGACAUCCGUCGUGGAGGAGAAGCAGUGCCGGCUCACAGUCAGUCUACCCUACGCCCUGAUCGCCUCCUGCUUGACCUUCUUCUUGCCCUCGGCGGCCAUCUCCUUUACCUACUGCCGGAUCCUGCUGGCGGCCAGGAAACAAGCCGUCCAGGUGGCCUCUCUGACCACCAACAUGCCCAAUACUAAUGAAGACCACACACAGGUAAGUAAUGGCUUAAUCAGAACUCAUAGAAGAGCACCUAGAAAAGCACCUAGAAAAGCUCCUAGAAGAGCUCCUAGAUAA